GGAACUGCCUUUCUUUCUCCCGCUGGGGCUGAGCCCGGCGGGGUUGAGGAAAGAUUAAUCCCCGGCCGGAGACUGGAUCGGCUCACAGUGAAGUCUGAAGAAGAAUCCUCAACAGCAAGGACACAUCCACAUGGAAUAGCCCAGGAAAGGAUCAUUCUUGGCUCCUGUUGCAAAAGAGAAUGUUGGACAUGAGCCCAGAUUAAGGUGCUGCUGCAGAGGAAAUUGGGAAACUCCUGGGGGUGGGGGAAAUAGGCAGGAACAGCAGCCAAGUUCAAAUCGGUUUGAAAGAAAUGCUUCCAGAAGCAAGCAAACAAAAAGAAACCCAACCUAUCUGGAAUCCAAACAUGCCUCUGUACCUUUCCUCAUCAUGAAAAUUCCUGACAAAGUUUGUGUGUGUUGAAUAGUGUUGUUUUUUCUUCUUGAACUGGAACAAAGGCAAGGAGUCUUCUUGCGGCACCUUAACUAUUAAUACAUAUAUUGCAAUGACAGAAGCUUCUGUGGGCCAGAGACCACUUGGUUGGAUGCAUGUACCAAGUGGCCCUUUGUGAGAGCAAAUUCAUGAUGUGCAACUUGCAAACUCUCUCUUGACUAUCCAAUUUAGCCGCUGAUGAAAGAAAUCUGUCAUCUGGAAAUGGAUGGUCUACCUUCCAUUGCGUCCUUUGUGGUUUCCCACUCCGGUUCCUGCUUUGCAGCGUCUGCAUUUCUUAUCAUAACAUUUCAUACAGCAAGUUUUCAUAUCAUGAGGUUACCAGUACAAUAGUACUGAAAGACAUUUUUAAAAAAUACAUUUUGCAGACAGAUAUUUUUUUCGUGGUUCUUUUUUUCAGUUUUGCAGAGAAAGCUGGACAGUUCGUAGAAGAUAAGUAAAGACUAUUCCUGCUGGGGAGGAAAGUUUUUCAUGGAAGUCCUGCCACAGCCGAGAAUCCCUGGCGUAAGGAAGCAGUAUCCGUGCCCUGACUGUGGGAGGAAUUUCAAGCGGAACUCGCACCUUGUUCGGCAUAAGAGGCUCCACACGGGAGAGAAACCCUACAAAUGUCCUGACUGCGGGAAAAGCUUCAGGCAGAGCACCGACGUGAAUACGCAUCGGAGAAUCCACACAGGGGAAACGCCCUACCACUGCAACCAGUGCGGGAAAAGUUUCCGCUACAGGACGGGUCUCGUGAAACAUUUGCGGUGCCAUGAAGAAGAGAAACCUCAUAGUUGCCUGGAAUGUGGGAAAAGCUUCAACCGCAGUUUGGUUUCGAGCACCCGCCAAAGAUGUCUCGUGGGGGGCAAAUCCUACAAGUGCCCUGACUGUAACAAAAAAUGUGAGAACUCGAAUCUCGUUGUACAUCUAGGAGUCCCCACCGCAAAGGAAACAUAUAGAUGCCCAGACUGUGGAAAAGGCUUCAGCUGCAGCUUUCAAAUCAUUAGACACAGAAGUCUCCAUACCAGGUUUCUGCUUCCUAACACCAAUGCUCUCUGCAGCCUGGACUCGGAUGUGACGCCUUUGCUCUCAGAUCAUCAGGAUGCAGAGGAAAAGGAGAGUCCAGGAAGCCUCUGUGAAGCCUGUGAUGAUGAUGUUGUGGCAAAGAAGCACGAAGAGGAGGAGGACUUUACUCCUGCACAAUCUUAUAGGACGUUAUUGGGAAGACUCCAAGGACUCGAUUCUCAAUGGCGCGAGGCCUAUAAGGAGAAGCCGGAUUUUGAAAGGUGGCAGUGGAAACAGCCAGGGAUAACUGGAGGUGAAUCGCCCACGAACGAGACAGACGACUCUCCCGUGUGUGAAAGGCUGUUCGGCUCGGAGAGACGGCACCUGUGCUUUAUGUGUGGGAAAAGGUUCCGAUUUGAAUCCCACCUCAUUACGCAUGAAAGGAUCCAUACAGGCGAGAAGCCUUUUCAGUGCAGCACAUGCAAGAAAAGCUUCCGGGACAAGUCGGACUUGAGUAAACACCAGAAAGUUCACUCUGGGGAGAAACCCUACAAGUGUCUUGACUGUGGCAAAAGCUUUCACCAUCAGUUGACCUUCAUUAGACAUCAGAGGCUUCAUCCCAGAGAGCGCGCCAGCGAACAGGGCAAUGUGUAUUUAGCAAUUCUGCCAUCCUACCAUACUGGUGCAGAAAUUAGCAUUGGGGGUGGAACAAAGCCUCCUGAGACACUGGGCUAUAAUUUCAAACAAAAAGAUCCUAGUUCUCUGUGGACUCUGGAACUGGCAGAAGGGACAAAGGUGUUUUUGACUCCCACCUAGAAGGUGACAGUGAUUUUUGGGGGGGAGACAAGUGUCCCAUGCCUUCAGAACUCAAUGCUGUUGAAGAAAUCCCAAGCAACUCUGUUCCAAGAUCUGCAACUGGGAGGAAAAUGCUGGGGAGAAAAUGUCGGAGAGAUCAUGUAAGCCACAGAGUUUUCCAUAGAGCGAGCAACCUUGCAGGGGAGCGUAUCACUGCCAGUUGUUUCAUCAAAAAACGUGGGGCGGUUUGGAAGCCACGCAGCCAAGGAACAAUACCCAGGCUCCAAAUUGUUGGAGAGGCAACGUUACACAAUGAAGGUUCCACCAGAAGUCCAGCCAAAGCACUGAUAUUAGGAACCACUUUACAUCAAGCUCCAAAGCAAAGCAGCAGAAGAAUCCCUAAGCAUUACUUAUCCAAACAACUUCAUUGCCCCUCUGAAGCUGUGGAAAAGCACCGGUUCUGAUGAGACUCCCCCCCUGCUUCCAGUUUGCAAGCCUUAGUUUAUGUAAGAGAAGCCAUGCCAUAAAGGGAAUCCUGAAAUAGGAAAAGCUUCAUAUAUACUGGGAGAGAGCAUAUGAGGGCUCUGAGUAAGAAAAUCCUCCCAACACUGUCCGUGGAGGAGAGAAACCACAGAGAUUCUCUCCGUGUGUAAAAGGUACGCUAAAAGGAGUUUGCCUCUUGCCGAACAGCAGAGCGACAGGGUGUACACAAUGGCUUCCUCUGGAUGACUGCAGAAGCCAAGGAUUACUGCUAGAAUAAACAGAAAUAUAGGAAUAAUUGCAAGUUAUGCAGAUAACAUGUUUGCACACCGUGAAAUUUAAGAAGGAAAGCACAUCUAAUCCAGCAAUCGCAAUACUGCUUUAACUUAAGGACAGAAUAUAAGAGCAGUCCUGUUAGAUCAGACCAAGGCUCCAUCUGGUUCAACAUCUUUUCCCCCUGACGGGCCAGUCCGAUAUUUUUUGGAGCUCACAAGCAGGGCACAAAGGCAAAAACACCCGCACCCCACAGUUAUUUUUCCUUGCAUCUGGUCCAUCCUCCACGAAUUUGGGUAACCCUUUAUUUUCUUUUUCUUUUAAAAGCAAUCUAACGGUAACGCCCAUCACCAUUUAAUAUAGCCUUUCCCAACCUGGUCCCCUCCUGGUGGAGAAGGCCAGGGGUGAUGGGAAUUGUAGUCCAUAGCAUCUGGAGGUCACCAGGUUGGUGAAGGCUGAUUUGAAGCAUGCAGAAUACCUACACAUCUAGUUUCUCCUAGAGCUGAAAUACAUGUUAAGGGAGGAAAAGCCUUGAAACAAUUUCCUGAAGUUCAGUUUGUUUGCUAAAGAAGUAACUUUAUAUUUGAACAAGCCACUUUUAAUUUUAUUUUUAAUUUGAAACAGUUGGAAUGCUGUUAGAUUGAGGAAUUUGGGGCAGGGGACAAGGUGUAAAUUAAUAGGAUGAUGUUGCUUUUAAAAAGGCUACAAACUUUACUGCACCUGGGUAGCUCUUGCCCCAGCCUCAACACCACUCUGGUGCCCGAGCCAGCUUGGGUACCUGAAUCCCAGCGAAUCUCAAGACGUCUGGGGGUUCAGGAGAUCAUACAGCUCACCUGUCAUAAGGAAUCUAGGAAGUUGCCUUAUACUGGAUCAGACUGUUUCUCCAUCCACCCCAGUCUUGUCUAUUUCGAGUCACAGUGGCUCUCCAGGGUCCCAUACAGAGAUUUUUCCUGCUACGUGAUCCUUUAAACUGGAAACACCACGGAUGAACCUGGGACCUUCUGCAUGCAACGCAUGUGCUCUACACCUGCCUUGUGGCGGAGGCUGCGUCAUAAACUUCAGCAUUCUCUCUGGAGCCUACAAAUGCUUAAGAACUUCUAGGAUAGAUUGAGAGGACUACCUUUUAUUGCAGCACGCCACAAAGCUGUUUAAUGUAGCCGAGUUGUGGAUCAGGCCCCUAGUUUUCUAAAGGCACAAUCCUAUGCAGGUUUAGACAGUAAAAAAAAGUCCUACAAUUCCCAGCAUACUCCAGCCAGCCAUGCUAGCUGGGGCAUGUUGGGAGUUGUAGGACUUCCCCCCCCGGUCUAGACAUGUAUCAGAUCGUGCCCUAAAAAACUUAACACAUUUAUUACAGCAUACAUUUUCAUGAAUCUUUAUAUCAACUGCAACACUAUCAAUCUUUCAUUCUAUCAACUGAUUGAUAGAUUGUGCCGUGAAAGGAUAGGAUUGUGCCCUAAAAAUGUGUCUGAAAUAAAUAUUGUAGAAAAUAAAUUCUCUUCACUGUGGUAUUUAAUAUAGCUUUCGUUGAAUUGUACAGAUUUUUUAAAACUGUGUAAUACGUAUGUCUUUAGCGCUGACAAACGUUACUUUAUAUUGCUAAAUAAUGUAUUCUUUUUGCAAGUUGCCUCAAAGCGUUGGGGUGGACUAUAAAUGAAGACAUCAGAUAAUAAUUAUUUUUUAAUUAAAAAUCUUUUCUCAAGAAUUCAAGAGUCAAAUUUUCAGCGUUUCCAAAAUAACUCAUGGCGUAUACAACAUUUCAUUUUGGGUCGGUAGUUUCCGUGUUCCACAAAAACUGCUACCGAAUCAUUCUUGCACUUAAAAAGCUAAGAGAUCAGGGCUGAAAACAUCCAAAUAUCUUACAAAAGGUUGUGUUUUCAAGCAUACAGCCUCACAUUUUUAAGGACCGGUCUUGCACAGAGCUUAAAAGUCAUCCAUGUUGUAGGCGUCUGUGUCAAAUUCCUAUGUAUGCUGACCACUGGAUGCCUGUGCCUUUCCCUCCUGCCCUCUGCCCACACCAUGCUAGAGCUCUCUUCUACCAAGUCAUACAUGCAUGCCCCUGUGCAGGGUCAGGUACAUGGCAAUGCACCUAGGCAUCCAUUUAAGGGAGGGACUGUAGUUUACCGAUAGAGCACAUGCUUUGCAUAUCGAAGAUCCCAAGUUCAAUUCGUUACUUCUUCAGGUAGGGCUGGGAAAGACCUUAAAGAGCCACUGCUGACCAUCAGGAUAGACAUAAGAAGAACUGUGUUUGGUCAGACCAAAGGCUUAUUUAGUCCAGCAU